AUGGCAUUUUUUUUCUCAAUUCGCCUUAUCUCCCUUAACCUCUUGUUGCUCCUUUGCUUUAUUCCAUCUAUUUGUUAUGGAGCUACCUUUGAUCCCUUCACUGACAAAACAAAAAUCACCUAUCAUGAUGGCCCAAUCCUCACUGGAAUCGUAAAUUUACACCUUAUCUGGUAUGGAAAGCCUGAAGAAAUUCAAAGGGAAGUGAUUAUGGACUUCCUUGAAACUUUGAACACAGAAGGAGAUAAGAAAGUCCAACCUCACCUUUCAAGAUGGUGGAAUGUGGUUGAAAGCUAUCAAUUGGCUAUGAAGGGAAAACCAACAAUAGGAGUUGAGAGCCCUAAAAUAAAAGUGAAAGUGGAAAAAGAGGACACCAUUGAUUAUGCAUAUGGGAAAGUCUUGACAACACAAUAUGAUAUUCCACGUCUUAUUAAAGAUGUCAAUCAUGGAGAUCCAAACCUCCUCCCUCUCAUCAUAACCGCAAAAGAUGUGAGUAUGCACGGGCUUUGCGCUGGAAAAUGUGCUGACCACGGGAUUUUUGAGAACAAUAAGGGAUUCAUCGUGAUUGGAGACCCUGAAAUAGAAUGUCCUGGAGCAUGUGGAUGGCCUUUCCAUGAAGUUGAUGCAGGGCCAAAGGGACCUAUCUUUAAACCACCAAAUAAAAAUAUGGCAGCUGAUGCAAUGGUAGUUGCAUUGGCAAGUGCAUUAGUUAAUACAAUCACCAAUCCCCAAAAUACGGGCUUUUAUGGUGGAAUCGAGUUUGAUCCAAUCGAAUCUGCUACGGCUUGUAAAGGCAUUUUCGGCCCUGGAGCUACCCCUGGAAACCCUGGCAAGGUCUUUACUGAUCGAAAAACUGGCGAGAAUUUCAGUGCUCAUGGAAAUAACGGGCGCAAGUUCUUGCUUCCCGCAAUUUGGAACCCUGCAACUUCUACUUGUUGGACUAUCACUUCCCGCUAUUUUUCUACUUGAAACAUCUCUCACCUAUCUCAGAAUACUACAUUUGCAAACUUAUGCAAAAUUUAACUUUUAUAAAAGCAACCCCUACUUUUAUAUAUAAUAUUGU